AUGCCGCCAGCACUCUCUUUAGAGGAGCAGUACGAGGACCUCCUCAAGCGGUUCCAGAUCAUGGACUCGGAGAGGAAGACCACGUACGAAGCAGCUCAGCAGGCCAUUAAAUAUAACCAGAGUCUGAUGAAGCAGCUAAAGGAGGAGAAUGUCCAAAUCAGAAACCAACUGAAAGAGCUAAAGAAAAACAAAAUCCUAACAGCGCCAGAGCAUUUUCAAAGGAAGGUAGACGAACUCUCGAGACUGCGUCUCCAGCUCGAUCAAAUGAGAAAUCAUAACGUGCGGCAACGGCGAACGCUGGCUUCUUUGCAGGACAAGCUGCGAGAGCUGGAGAUCACAGCGGAGCGGCCGAAUACUGAGGCCUCGCCGGAGCUGAGGCGGAUUCGGGUGAUCGAAAACCGUCUUGACCAAGCAAUGAUCAAACUCAACGAAGCGCAGUCCAUCAGAUCAACGUACGAGCAGAUCGUGAAGCGUCUCAAGGAUGAGCGGCUGGGUCUUGAUCAACACCUGGCGCAGCUUGAGAAGAAUUUGAAGGAAAAAGAGAACGAGUACGAGGAACUCCUUGCGCUUUCGCACGACGCGACACACGCGCGUGAACUGGCGCAGGCAAGCAAGUGGAUACGCAGUGGCCAUUUUUAUCGAGUUUUUCCUGGCAGAAUUGCCGAAGAAGAGGCAGUGGCCCUGGAGCAGAGGGCCGUGGAAGAGCGAAUGAAGGGUGAGAACGCGCAGGACUCGAACGCUGCUCAAGCAGAUGACGCCCCAACUCUUGAGGAUUACGAGAGUAUCUUCCAUAGAAUCAAGGAGGCCACUGGAGUCUCAGAUGUGAACGAAGUGAUCCAAAAGUUUCUAAUGCAAGGAGAGACGAGGGAGAAUUUGGUGUCGCUGGCAAAGGAACUGGAGGAAACGAAGCUUUCUUCAGUGACGAAGCAAAGCAAAUGGCCAGUCGUGGACGACUUGGAAAUAUCUGCCGCUCAAGCCAACGCCAGACACGAGAGAGCGCGCGCGAAGUACGAGAAGAGCUGUCAACUGCUUGUCGAGCUCCAGGCUGGUCUCGAGCACCUCUACGAGAAACUGAUGUCCGCCACAAAUGCACAUCCACAUCCUUCGCGCGAAAUGCGAGCUGCGCAGCCAACAGUAGAACAGAUGGUGCAAGCGUCACUUCAGAAACUUGAAUAUCUCGUCCCGCGGACGGAAGAGGUAUUAAAGCGAGAACAAAAACGACUGCGUGAGGAGGCCGAGAAGCAAGCGCAACAAGAAACUCGUCAUUCUCAGCACACCGGCGUGUCGAAGACGCCUGACCACGAUGAAGUUCUGCAGGACGCCGCUGAGUCCCAGGACGCAGACGCAAGCUUUUCACCAGACGCGAAUCUGCCGCUGCUGAUGGCAAACCAAGAGAGCAAGGAUGCCUCCGGCAUCAACCCGCCCGGCACCGAGCUCGCUGCGUCCCCCCCUGGCGAUGAAUUAGGUGACGACGAGGUCAAAGCCGACAUGGGCGCCGACGAGGGGGUCGAUCUCCCCCCCGCGGGAAUGCAAGGAGACGCCAGAGGCACCGAGUCAGACGCGUCGAGCGCCCUUGAGGCUCCAUUCUCCUCCGAUGACCCGUCGGGCCCGUUGGGUUCCGUAACGGGCCAGGCAGAAGGUCAAGAGACCCCCCAGGGUGGAGCUGGGCAGGGUGGCGCGCCGCCGGAGACGCUCUGCGCUACAUUCGAGGACGGCAUGCACGCGAGCCAGUCAUCUUCCGCGACUCCGUCCGACAGUCUCGGAGACAAGAACUCCCCGCGAUCGAGCGAUGAGAAAGACGAAGUGCCAUUGCUAUCGCCGCGUCGUCUCACGCAGGAAGACCCGCAGCCGAUUGAGGCCCUCUCAGAACGUGCAGAGACAGCUGAGGUUACAAGUGAAAACCUGCAGCCUGAGGACCGCAACCCAGUGUCACACACUGGCAGAGAGAUGCCACUUCAGUUUGACCCGAAUCAAGAAAAUGGCGAUUACCCUCGCAGCGCCGAUGAAGGGUCUGAGAUCGCAGAACGCAUCGCCUGUGCGACCAGCGCCCCCGCUGAAGUCGCUAAGCCGGCUGCGAAUCCGAAAGCAGAGGAUCUGCCAGAAAGCCGCGGUUUCACGGCGCCGAACUUCGAGGGCGCCGAGGUGACUGUCGAGGACGAAAGACCGGUUGGUAACACGGAGAGGAAUUAUGAACAGGAAGAAGAGGGAGUAACAAGAGAGAACUGCGAGCGCGAGGAUCGGCAGUCAUCGAUGUCAGAUAUACAGGCGCCAGAAGGCGUAUCAGCGACCAGCUCAGAGAAUCACGAAUACAGCCAACAACGCGAAACGAACAGAAACUCGAGCAGCACUCCCCGCGACGCCAUCACGGAUGCAGACAGCAGAAUGGAAGACCCUGGAGACACGGUUCCUGGCGUUGAGGACUCUGCCGGAAUUGAGACCCCUGAGGGAACCGGCUGCGAUUCCCUCCCGGCGCCCUUCCCGUCAGAACAUCUCGAGUCAGAAACCAACGAAGUUGCGCGCGUCCCUGCCAGCGACGCUCCUAACCCGUCAGAAGUGACUUCCAGCGAAGAUUCGCUGCCAGCGACAGGUCACGAAGCAGCGGGGAAAGCUGGGGCGACGCCUCCUGUCGGCCUCGACUGCGUCCAGCGAGGACCGGAGGGUGAGUGCGAGGAUGAACCGAAACUUGAAGAUGAAGACGGCACUCGCUGUCACCAGGUAGAGCACCAAGAUGCAGCAGCAGCUGUGGAGGCUACGUGCAACGUGGAAUCUCACUGCAGUCAAACGCCUGAGUCAUCUGGCGUGCCCCUCGCUUCAUCAAGCGAGCGCGGCGCAGAGGACGAAGCAAUUUCUGCGCCGACCGAACUGGGACAUGAAAGUAACUCACGGGCCGCUCUGGCGGACGAGCAACAGAAAGGAGACCCUUCUUCCCCGCUGCCCUCCAACUUACAAGAAUGCGAAGCAGGGAGAGACAGUGUUUGUGGGGAACAAGCUAAGCCGCCAAAUUCACCAUCAGAUUCGCAGUCAUCUGAGCAGACACCGAGAUUUGCAGAAUCGCUGAAUCACGAACUGACUCUGCAGGAUAACGAGGAAGCACUCGCAGGGACUCUGGCUCCUCCAGCAGCUGAUACUGGAGAGAUUGUGCCAGUAGUAGCGACUCGCGCGGGCGACGCCAGCCCGAGCUCUAUAGAGGCAACCCACACCGACGUCGCUUUAGUAGAGGCAGCCACGACCCGCCUUGACACUGCGCAUCGCCGGGCUGACGACGGACACGACUGUGGAGGCUCUGAGGUGCUCCAGGGCGAGGAGGCUAACGGGGGGCCUGGCGGUGACAGACAGCGAGCUCAGUCAGAUGAGCAGCGCAGCCAGAUGACAGCCUAA